UUUGCCGGGCUGCUUCUUCCAGCCGCUGACGUGUCUGUCAAUUUUUGUGCUUCUCGAUUUGGUUGUGAUAAAUUUUCAUCGCUAAAAGAAAAUUAUUUAUCACGUUUUUUGUGCUCUCACGAAUCUAAAAAUCAUGUUUCAUCUAGGAAUUCUUGUGUUGCUCUUGGGAACACAACUCUGUGCCCCAACCAUCGCCCUGCAAACCGUAUCUAGUCAUCUCAGUUCCUCGGACUUAUCACGCCUACAGAAAGUCUUCAUCGAUGGCCUGUCAUCAAAUGAUUUACAAUCGAUUUACUACUCCACUGUGAACGUUGAGACGACAAACGAAUCCCAAAAGGCUGCGCUUUGCCAGAAGAUCCAUGCAACUUACCAGGAUUCCAAAUUGAACGACUUCGAGAAAAACUUCUACCUAGUGGGAGCUCACAAGAACGCCAAAUGUACAACUGUCGCCAUUCCUCAGGCAGUCCUGAAUAAGAUUUCCAGCUCAUUCAGCAAGGACGCUGCAACAGCCCAAGAGAUCUUCUUCAAUCUCUUCGCCUCCAAAGCCAUGGGUGUAACAAUUGAUGCCCCAACCUCCAGCAAAAUCGCCAAGAACCUUCAGAACAUCCUCAAGAAAGACGAUUCACUGAGCAGUCUGGGUUAUGCCUUCUACAUCGCCGCAGAAGUUGGGGCUCCCGCUGCCUUCGUCGCUGAUCGUGUCGAAGAUGCCAUUGUACAAGCUGAUGAAGUCGAUGGAAAGAUGUUGCAAUUCGAAGGAGGUCUCAGCAUCACAGCUCUGAUUGUCAAUGGAGCUUUUAAGGUGACCAAAGCUUUGGGUAAGCCAGCUCCAGUUACAGAAGGACAAGCUGUCAAAUUAGCCACAUAUUUCCUAAGUCGUCGCUCUGUACAGACCCCCAAGGGAGUCCAUGUCCUCAUCGAGGCUCUGAAGACCCUAAGCGAAGCUGACAAGAAGGUGGCUCCAAUUUGUAUCCAAUUGGUUGGAAAUGGUCAACUGCAAGCCGAAUCUCCACUCCUGACUAUCGAAGUUGUCGAUCUCCUUGGCAAACCUUUGUCUCCAUUCCCAAUUUCCAUCACCGGCAAAGUUGUCGUUAAAAAGGGUAACACUGUCCUCGCUGAGAAAGUCCAAUUCCUCUCGAAGAGUUCCGACAAGACGACAUAUGCUGCAGAUUUGUUAACAUUCAAGCCCGCAAGAGGCAUCUACACCGUUGACAUAGUCGCCGACAGCUACACCCAAACUCUGAACUUCAAAGUUCUCGGCAAAGUGAAGGUUCAUUCGUUGGAAGUUGGCGUCGGAGACUCGGAUGCCUCAUCUUCGAUCAAAAAGCAAACUGUCGCAUUCCCAAGCACUCUCACUGAAACCCUCUCCGCCGACCACACUCAGAAGUUGACAAUGAAAGCCGCUCUCGUCGAUGACGGCACAACAAAGAUGAUGACCGUCCAUCAGGCAUUUGUGCGUCUGGCCAACCAAAACACCGACGAAGAGAUCAUCUAUGUCGCUGAACAAGACUCCUCGAAGGCAUACAAGUUUGACAUGGAUGUCGGUGCUCGAGGAGGAGACUUUGGAUACAAAUCGGGAGUUUAUAAGUUGGAAUUGAUUGUGGGUGAUGCAUCGCUGUCGAACUCCUUCAAAUGGCAUGUCGCAAAUGUUCAACUGAAGUUCUCCCAAGACGCUCGAAAGGAUAACCAAUCUCAGACAAUUCGUGCCCCUAGACCAGAAAUCGUACAUCAGUUCCGUGUGCCUGAGAAGCGUCCACCACGUCUGGUGUCCGACAUCUUCACCGGCCUUUGCCUGACUCCAUUGGUGCUGUUGUUCAUUUUGUGGGCAAAACUUGGCAUCAAUGUGUCGAACUUCACCUUCAGCUUGAGCACGAUUGGAUUCCAUCUCGGUUUCGGAGCCAUUCUUGGCCUCUUCGGUCUGUUCUGGUUGAGACUGGAUAUGUUCCAGACAAUUCGUUUGCUCAUUCCCAUUGCUGCGGUGACAUUCCUGUGUGGUAAUCGACUUCUGCGGCGAAUUGCUGGACAAAAGUCUGCGCAGUAAGAUUUUCUAUAAAUUAUAAUUCCAACUAAAUAAAAACAAAUUACAAAAAACACCCUUCAUCACGAUUGUUGUCCAGUUGAUGAGUCCUAAGAGUUCUUUAAACAAAAAACAAACAA